AUGAGGCUUCUCAACACUAAAACGCUCGAGCUCGAGCCCUUUUCCGACACGAGGGCCUCGGCCGUCUCCUACGCCAUCCUCUCCCAUACUUGGGAUGAUGACGAGGUCACGUUCGACGACAUGAGAGAUCCCCCGGCUGCCGCCGCGAAAGCUGGGUUCGCCAAGAUUUCCGCAAGCUGCGAAAAGGCGAUCGAGCUGGGCCUCAAUUACGUCUGGUCCGACACAUGCUGCAUCGACAAGUCUUCCAGCGCCGAGCUGUCCGAGGCUAUCAACUCCAUGUUUCGGUGGUAUAAAGAGGCCGAAGUCUGCUUCGCCUUCCUCUCGGACCUCCCCGCAGGCAGUGACGUCUUCGCCGACCCCUUGUCAUUCACCGCCUGCAAGUGGUUCUCCCGCGGCUGGACUCUCCAGGAGCUUAUCGCCCCAAUGAACUUGACAUUCUUUGACGGCGAGUGGAACGCUGUCGGCACUAAGAUCGAACUCCAGGAGGCGGUAACUCUAGCCACCCGGAUUCCCCAGGGAAUACUAGACGGAUCGAUAUCCCUUUCUUCGAUCCCCCUGGCAGCUCGAAUGUCGUGGGCCGCCAACAGGGACACGACACGACCAGAGGAUAAAGCCUAUUGCCUAUUGGGAAUCUUCGGCGUCAACAUGUCCAUGAUCUACGGCGAGGGACCAAAAGCUUUUCAGCGACUGCAGGAAGAGAUCCUGCGCAAGACGACCGACCUGUCCAUAUUUGCCUGGAAGGCCACGGAGAGACUGGUCGGGUUUGACCGCUUCCGAGGCAUCCUCGCCCAGUCCCCAUCGGAGUUUGCCGACUGCGGGGAUAUCGAGCUAUUGAACAGCCAGUUCCGGUUCCGUGACGAGAUCAGUCUCACAAACAAGGGAGUCAAGAUCAGCAUGCCGCUGCACAACUUUGGCCAGGGGCGGUUUCUCAUGAACCUGGACUGCCAAAGACCUGUGAAGAAUAGGCCGCCAACAUCUGUGGGCAUCUACUUGAAG